AUGGCCUUCUUUGAUACACCUAUUCAACCACUGACCAAGGUGAGAAUGCUUUCACCAUUAAUUUGAUUACCAUCCAUGUUUGUGAUGGAACUUGAGAAAUACAUUGUAACUUGUGAAUGGCAAAACCACAGCUUAGUAUCAAACAAAUAUGUUUCCCAUUAUUUGUGUAGCAUUAUAUCAAGUCAUUUCAAAUGUUAAAAAUAACAAAAAUGAAGUUUGAAGAACUGUUAGGCUGACAGGUUUUCAGUGCAAUCAGGGUGCAAAGGAAGUCAGUUUUACAGCUUGCCAUUCGGGCAAGCUGUAGCUAGCAUGUACUAGCCUGAAAAGCAUAAAACUAGCCUGAAAAAGAUUUGAUGAGCAGGAUUGAUUACAUUUCUUCUGUAAUUUGAAUUCCCCCAGAAAAAAUCACUUACCCAUCAGGCAAGUUAAUAACAGAAUUCACUAGUCUGAUAGCAAAAUCCACUUCUCCCAGGUUAUCGAACACCAUUUUCUUUGCAUGCUGGCAAUCCAUUUCAAACUUCUUUAAGUUUGGCAAUCCGUGUCUUUAUCUGUAAGGAGACAGCGUGGCCGAGCGGUUAGAGCAAUGGAUUUGUAAUCCAGAGGCUCGAGUUCAAGUCUUGCCCUAACUGCUAGCUGGAUUUGUUCUCGGUAGUCCUGAGCUCAAAUCUACAGCCAUGCUUGUAAAUAGCCCAACCUUACUGGUGUGCCUCCUACCAGUUGGGAUUUUUAACCUUGUUUUUCCAUUUAGAUUUAUUUGUUUCAUUGUCCCUAAAAAGCCCCAUAAGGGGAGUGGAUAAUUAAGUACUUCGAAGGUUUUACUUCCUAAAAGAAGACUGUAUAAAUUCAUACUUUUAGUGGCAGAAGUGUUUUGCAGAAUGCUGAAUGCAGAAUGCAAAGGGCCAAAUGACUCUGAAAUUUAGUGAUUAUGGUUAGGAAACAGAGUGAAUCAAUUUCCAUUUAGAGUCAUUAUACCGGAAAAGUUCAGUGGCGGUUCCAGGGGGGGGCCCUUAUUUGUAGACCAAACUAAGGGCCGAAGGUCCAAAAAAAGUUUUUGGAGACCAGGCCCCCCUCUCAUCUCAAGGUCUGGAUGACUGGGCCCUUUCCUUAUGUUAAGGUCUGGAUCCGCCACUGAAGUUGACCUUCACUCUGUUUCCUGACCCUAAUCACUAAACUUCAGUGUCAUUUGCCAUUCUGCAUUCUACAUUCAGCGUUCUGCAUUCUGCAAAUAAAAUACCCGUGCUGAAAAUGAUGGGUGUAGGCAACUUUUAAGUGCUGGUACUCCUUAUUUACUAAGAGUAACAGUUUUCUCUUUUCUAUUUUUCUAGGCAUUUCCUUUACAGUGGGGAAUAUGUGCACCCAAACAAUGUGAUGAGCACGAUUUAACUAACUUGGUGGAUAAAUUUCUUGGCUGUAAGUUAGCCAUUGUUUAUAUUAAAACAUUUAUUUUUUCAUUUAUGCUAACUAGGACUGCAGUGAUACGUUUCUUCUGCAUUAUAUGAUACAGAUCAUAUACAUGGUGUACAAAAGCAUGGUGUAGUACUUAUUUGAUUAUAAUCAAUGAUCAACUGGGCAGCGCGCAAAAAGGGUGGUGUCUGAUAUCCGGAAGCUAAAGCGUAUUUUGCUAUUGGGCUAGUGAAUAAUGUCCAGCGCUGGCCACAAGAUCCCUACUUUCCUUUUUCAUCCUUAUACAAUGUAGUUCUCCACGGUGUGGAAGUGUGAAAAAACCCUAUACUUUCCUUGCUCAUCCCAAGUUCUACACUUGCACGUGAAGUUUUCCGGGGGAAUUCAAAUAAUUUUAUAGAAGUGUAAUCAAUCCUGCUGGUCAAGAUUUUUUUUUUUCGGGGGGGGGGCAGGGGGCAAGUCAAACUGACUUUCUGGAUAGUACAUGCUAACUUCAACUUGCCCCAAAAGGAAGCUGCAAAACUGUCUUUCUUUGCACCCUGAGGGGCAGUCUGAUUUUUUCAGAUGGUCAAUGUCAACUUUAAUCUUCACUGGUUCAUCUUAGAGCGAUUUUUGUAUGACCUUCAAAUAAAAACGCGCAAACAAAACAGAAACAACAAACAAACAGAAAUAGCGCAAUUUGAUUGGUUCAUCAAACAGAUACAAACAUGCAUGGUAUUUGGUUGGUUAAGCGAACCUUGGAUGAAAAACCUUCAUGCUGGAGAACUUUCUAGAAAUCAACCGAUACUUCGCUUUGACUUCAUACUGCAACAUGAUUAGCCAAUCGAACAAUGCCUUCUCCAUAUUAGGUUUUUCUUUGGCGGGAAAAAGAAGAGGCCAUGUUUUGACCUCUUUAUCCAUUGGCUGAUAAAACAAAUAACGAACUCUUGCCAAAACCAUUUUUCAAGGUCAUACGAAAAUUGCUUUAUCAGUGGUCCUUUUUUUCUAAGUGAGCUUUGUCAGAAUUACCCCACCAGACUAAACUGUCUGUAAAUGGAGCAUGUCUGUUCCAGCUGAACUGCACUAUACUCAGCUCUUGUAGAAGGACCAGCCUCACUCUCUUGUGUGAAUAAUUACAAGAAAUUUGCUAACGAACAGUGAUUUAGGAGAAUAGAGAUAAUUAAAAAAGAGUGUAAAAAGCUGAGGUUUCGGCAUCAUCAUGAUGUCAUUGGCAAAUUGCCUUCUUGAUAGACACCAGCUCAUGAUUAAACGGAACCUUUUCCCUGCAGCAUUUGCCUGAAAAUUAGCGGUACGGCUUGUCUGUGGGGAGAAAUCUGUGACUGACCACUUUUCAAAUUUGCUUUUCUCUAAAUUUGUUAUUAUAAAUGUCAGUUGUUAAAUGUUUUUGUGGAUUUUACUUAUGUUUUACUCGUAGUGAAAAUCAAUGUCAAGGUUAAUAGUAGAAUGGAGUAUUUUAGGUAAAAAAUAUGUUUCUAGUACCGUGAUCAAGUCACGUCUUCUCUCUAAAGUCAUCAUAAGCCAAUCAUGACUCACGAUUUAAUAGCGUUGAACUUUCUCAAAACUCAGUUCAGUCAAAAAACAAACAGCAGCACUUCAAACCACGAGUUUUUGCACUCAUUACAUGAUAACUUAUGAAAGCUGUUUUACAGGAAAAGUCAACACAUAUUCAUGCGAACGUACAAUGAAAGAAUACGUUCAUGGUUUGUUUACUACAGAAGUAGAAAUUAAUUGAACAUCAGACUGUACGCAGCUGUAUUUGGUUGAGUCGAUCCGUAAGAAUUUCGUUGUUACAGACGGAACUGACAGCUAUUGUAAUAGAGGACUUCAUUCACUUUUUACAAGCCGCAGUGGUUUAAUAUCUGUUUUCUGGACUUUAUUAUGAUCAAGAAAUGCUGCGGUAAUGACGUGGCUGCAUUUGCGAAGUUGUCGCAUGUAACUUUAUAUGCACGUACAGCGACCGAUGGAAGUAUGUCAGUGGUGGAGAAAGGUUUCUUUGCCGUAGCCACAUAUUGGCGUUAAUAUUUGUUGAUUCGUGAAGUGAGGUGGUUUGAGGUAGGUUAUGGCAUCGAUAUCACUGAAUAAUUCGUGCAAAUUAAUGUUGGAAAAAACCAGCCCGAAACUCUGACAUCUUUCAUCAACGUUGGCAGCUUGUUUACAACCUACAGCGGCCGAUUUUGUACCCAUAUCUUGAUCAGAGAUCUCUUUUUGGAACAAGUAUAGGCACAGUACUAGAUAAGGAAUUUAAGUUUGAGAUAAAAUAAAUCAAGAAUGCUAAAACUAUCCGUUUUGUUGCUGGUUGGCUUAUGGUUAAGUUUUCCUAGAGACGUUCUACACCAGAAAUUCACAAAGUUGUUGUCUUUCUCUGCGAUUUGGCAUCGUCGUGAAAUGUAAACUGUUUUCCAACUUUGUACUUUAUAACUUCUAAAGCUAUAUGGCAGUAGCGAAUUGUGACGCUCAGUAAUAAAAUGUGGAAACCAACGCUUUUAAUAUUAAGAAGGGCUGGGUAAGUAAGUUGUUCUGUUUUUUAGCCUUUCUAAAAUCGUUAUUUCCAGAACAAUAGCCGGUUUUGUUUAUGGUUCGUGGUCCGGAUGCCUUUUUCUAUGGGUUUACCGGUAUAAUAAACCAUAGGUUUUUGACCAAUCAGAUCAUGCGUACUAUCUCAGUUGUUUUAUAAUUAGUGAUAGCACUCAAAAGUAUAACAAUAUAACAUAGCUGACAGCGUGAUCAGAGUACGAAAAUCAUAUGCUCUCUCUUUUCCUUUUUAGUUCUUAAAUUAGUUAACAUAACGAUUGAAUUGAGUCCACGAGUUGCUGAAGCAGGAAGCAAAGAGGCUAAACCUAUUUACUGCAAGAAAGAACCAGAAUACACAACUGGGGUAAUAAUUACUCUGUAAGUACAUAGCUAUAUGAAUCUUUGAAAUAAAAAUUGCGCAGAAUUUAUAGUAUUAUGUUACAAAGUGAAAGAAAGCUGGGUUAUUUACUUGGAACAAAUGCCACUAAAUCGUAGUCAACAGUUACCAGCACCGUACAAAUGACUUAUGGACAGAUCAGAAUCAAGCAAAACUAACUACGAAAGAAUGACUGGACGACCCAGGGGGGGCACUUGGGUAUUUCUUGGGUGGUAUGUGCCACCCGGGAGUCCAAAUUGGCACUCCGUUCUAAAAAAAAUUUCCCCUAAAAUUGAUACUCUGUUCUAGAAUUCGCCCUAAAACUGAUACCCCGUUCUAGAAAUGGGCCAAUUUUUUAUACUCCGUUCUAAGGUGCAAAGAGUACAACAGUUUGCUUGUUAACGAAUUGAACUGUAUUUUUAAAAGCAAUCUGUCCUUGAAUAAUUUCAAAUGGCUGCUUACAAAACUGGAGCUUUCGUGCGUUCGAAAUAUUAUACCCCUCUGAAAUGGAUACCCUGUUCUAAAUCAGGAGCUUCAAAAUCACGACCCUGUUGGGCGGCACAUACCCGUAUAGGUAAUGUAUGGGAGUACCCCACCCCCGGGCUGGACGACUGACAAUAUUUAUUUGGCUAACAAUAAACAAUUGUUUGACUGCGACAAGACAUGGAUCAAAACGCACCAAUGACAUUACAAGUCCCGAUAACCAAUAACAUCAUGGCUUAACUGACAGAGGACCAAUAACAUCGCAUUUUAAUUGAGCAGUCAGGUCAAAUAACCAGAAUUUAAUACCAUCAGCUAAUGUGAUACAACUCACUUUGACUCUGAAGAUGACUACCGCACAGGUUGUCAAAAUGUCAGUCACUGUCAACAACAAAAGUCCUAUUCAGGACUCAAUCACCCAGACAAUCAUACUCAACCUACUUAUGAUGGUAUUAUUUAUACAGAACUGGCUCAUGUUCUUAAACUUCAACUUGUUUAAUCAGAACAUAGUGAAUUCACAUGUGGCCAUGACAGUAAACUGUGACAAAAGCAAGCCCAAGCUGUGCAAAUACUAAAAUUUGAUUGGACAUUAACACAGUGCAAUAUCAUCACAUUAUACAUAAGAAUAAUAAUUAUUAUUUAUGUGCAAUUUAGGCCCAAGCUAACCUAGCUCAAGUAUUCUGUCAUAAAUUUGCAAUAUUGUUCUGCUAUGUGAUCAAAGUAAUGCAAAUUGUUGCUGCAAAUAUCAAUAUGUUUUUGUUUUUACAAUUUGUAUCAUGUAUUGGUGUGCCGAUGAUCAAUUAUAAUCAACCAUCAAUGGAAAACUUUAAGCUGCACGAUAAUAAAUUUGUAGAAAAUGUUCAAUAGAUUAUUGUGGGGAAAAAAAAUGUCACGUUGGCAAAUAUGGGUAUUAAAUACUUGUUUGUUGUCUUUUUAUCAUCUAUUAUUAUUAUUCAAGGAGAAAGAGAAUUUAAUCACCUCAAAGCACCAAAAUAUUUUGAGGUCCAGCUGAGAAUCAGACUCACAGCCCUGUGAGUCCUAGAUCAGAUGCGCCAACCACUGAGUUACUGAAACUCUGUGAUAUUUGAGCAUAAAAUAAAAGUUGAUGUUGGCAAGCACUAACUCGUGAGCCUGCAGAUCACUGCGGUUUACCCCACAUGGUCUUUCCUUAUCUAGCACUGGGAGUGUGCCUAUGCUAAAUUCCCUCUCAGUCAGCACUUUCUUCUAUCAUUGCAAGUUCAAGCAGCAAAGUUGACCCUUCCAACCUCCUGUUAUUAUAGGCUUCCUGUAGUUGCUUGUCUUUUAUUUUACUUUCUGCUUAUUAUUUGUUUUUUGUUUUUUCUUUGUGUUCAAUGGAUAAAUUUACGGUGGGGAAUUGCUGCCUGCGGCACCCCAUCAGCCUUGUGCUGAAGCCUCAUCACGGAACUUGGCCAAGGACAUUAUCCCAGCCACACGGAUGUGUGAACCAUGCUUCCCUUGCAGUACAGGCAUGAGGCACCCUCUCGGCAUGGCACCAUAUGCUGAGACCCCUCAUCUGGUGGGUUAUCUGGUCGGUGGGUUCUAACCGAGCCUUGCUGGCUUUUCCCUGCCCAAUUUCGUCUACCAAAGCCUUGUGUGUUGUGUUAUUUCUUUGUCUUGUCGGUGCACCUUAACAUUAAUGCCCCUUAUGUGAAACAUAUUGAAUGUUUGAGAUGAUUACAGUGCUGUAUGAGGCCAUAAAUCAUUGCAUCUUUGAAAUGGUCUUGAAAGGUUUGGUGUCAAAGUGUGGGUUUGGUAAUGAAAUGUUUUGUUGAAUAAUUUGUUGUCUUUUCUUGUUGUAUUUAGAACCUUGUGUGGAAUAAUCUUGUCUCUCUGCCUUGUUGGAACAGUCCUUGAUGUACUCAUUAGCUUUUUUAAACCACGCCCAUCAACAGUGAACAAAAGUGAUGGAUUCAUGCCAAUCAGAAAUGUUUCCAUAGCUACUGAUAAUGAUCAGGGUCCUCCUCAUGUUCCAGUCUUUGGAAAACAUGAUGGAAUCAGCGACAACUCACAAAUGAUUCAUUCCAUCCCUCCUGAGGGGACAGUUAGUUACAGUUCUUCAUUAACCAGCUUUCCUGAACAGCCAAAGGAACCAAGUAAGUUUUGAAUGUUAUCAGAUAACUGUUUUAAACUGAUUCUUGCCGGCUUCAGUUGGUGCUCUUAUUUAUUUUACAACCUGUUGAGCCAAGAUGGUUAAACAUAGCACCAGGAAGCCAUAAUUGGCUUUUACUUGGCGGGGAUUGGGGGGUGGGGUUGUUGGUGAAAUGGCCAAUUCCAAGGGAGUGACUGGGAGAAAGGCUUGUACAAUGAUUAGGGCAGCUUUCUGUCUUGCCCUUUUCACCUAUCUCUGCUGCAGUAAGGUCACAUACUCUGGGAUCAAUUUCCUGUGUAUCUUUUGAACCAGAUUUCAGGUUUGCCUGCAGCAGACAUCAGUUUUUCUUAUUAGGUUAUCUAAGAAAGUGAACAUUAUCGUCACAGUAGAAUGAACAACCAAAGCGUUUGAAAAAAAAAAAAAUCCUGAAAAGAAAUUUAGGCUUGGCUGGGAAUCAAACCCUGACCUUUACAUUGGCUGGACACAGUGCUCUAUCUAUUGAGCUAAUCAAGCUAGCUGGAGAGCAAACCGUUGUGACAGGGUUGCCAUGGUCAGAGAAAAGUCAAGCAAAAACGAAAAUUUUUCAAGGUAAGGGAAAAGUCAGGGAAAAUCUUUGAUAUUGUCAAAGUCAGUGAAAAGUCAGGGAAUUCUGUUUUCUGGUUUAUAGUUCAUAAGUUUUCUUCAAGACUUUGAAAUGCAUUUUCUUUUGGAAAAGACGAAAAGUAUGCUACAAAGCAAGGAAAGCAAUCAAUUUGACACUCUUCGUCUGACACAUGUAGUAUUUGUGGUCAGUGGUUUUUGUUGUAAAUGCUUUCUUCCAACUUCCGUCUUCCUCUUUCCACGAAAAGCGGAAAUAGGGUGAAAAUGAAGAGAAACUAUCACUGGCCUGCAAAAAUAGCUAAAGUGAAUGUAAACAUGGAUUGUUUCUCAUUAAUAAAAGGUCAGUGAAAACUGUUUAAAGGUCAGUGAAAAGUCAGGGAAUUUUUAACUUUCUGAUGAGUGGCAACCCUGUUGUGAGUUCGUAAUAUACCUGAUGGUGGAAUUGACAUGAAUUGGUGAAAUGAAUCAUAUUUUGAACUGCAGAAAGAGAUCAUGUUCACUUUCAUAUCUACACUGAUUAUUUUUGUUGAUUGUGAAAGGCAAUUUAUUUGUUUAAUUGUUUUUUUUACACACAGAUGUGGUGGCAAAAUUUCUUUUGUGUUUUUCUCUUAUCCAAAACACAAACCGCAUUUUGAGUACUAAAGUUCCUCCAGGCGCGAUAACAUCAAUCAAUGGCAUGAGAGUAUUGAGUAUGUGGUGGGUUAUACUUGGACACUGUUAUGCUUUUCAGGUCAUGACUGGUCUUCCAAGUAAGUUAUUUCAUAUUUUUAUCACCAAUAAACUCCCAAAAAUUUAUUUUAGAAGAAGAAAUAAUUCUAGUAGGCAGCAACUGUUUCAAUAUUUUAAAGGCGAAAAGGGCCUUUCGUGCAACCCUGGAUCUGAGGAGUGUCAGUGUAGGUAUGAGAGGGGGAUUGUUAUUUCCUCUCAUUGGGUGGCUUGGCCACUACUUUUGCAGCUUUAGGAUGGUGUAGUUCACUCCUCAGUUCCUUAGACAUCACAUCUUUGGUCACUCAUCAGAGACAAUAUUCUGGGCCAUUAUUUUAAUGGAGUUUAGCCAGUGUUUCACAAAACUGUGUUCUUAGUCAUUUUCACACUAUUUACCGUGAACAGUUUCACGGAAGUAUGUAGGGUAGACUAGAGAAGCAUUUAACAAAUAACCCAUUAAGAAAGGGCUCUUGCAGUCCAUUGAUGUCUGAAACCACAACCUAAGUUAGACCUCCUUUAACCCAUUCGCCCCUGGCAUUUUUGCCGAAAAACGCGUUUUGAAGCUAUAGUCAAGCGGUUUUCUGGUCACUAUCCUGCUAUAUUGAGCUAAAACGUACCAUAAAGCCAUUUACAGGUCGUACACUUUGCGGCCUUCUGAUCCAGAUGGAAAAUAUAUUAAAUAGAUUAUUACUGCCAAACACUUACCCCUUAAGGCCUUAACUAUAAGCAAGGCUGGCUGCGGACACCAGGAAUAGAAACUAGAAACCACUUGCAUUUAGUGUGUCUUCUGGUGAGUGAUGUGUCUUUGUAUGUUUUGUAGGUAACCUUUUUACAUUUUUUGGCAUCAUUAAACGUUUCACAUUUGAAGCUAUUGGAAAUGCAACCUUUUCAGUGGACAGUUUCUUUUUCUUGAGGUAUGUUAUGAUUAUUACAUAUACAUUAUAAAUAAUUAUAGUAAAUAAUGAUAAAUACUCAAUUAUCUCCUCUCUUUAUGAGGCUUUUCAGGGAUAAUGAUACAAAUAAUUUAAAUGGAAAUAACGUUGAUGGUAAUUAAGAAUCCAGACAGGUAGAAGGCAAACCAGUUAGCAUUUUGCAAGCUUGGCCGAGGAUUUGAACUCAAACUAGUGGUCAGGACCUCAAAAUUAGUGGUCAGAGCAGGGCCUGUGGAUUACAAGUCCAGUGCUGUAACCUGUGGGCCACACAGCCUCCACAGUAACGUACCAGGGGAGAUUUACAUGCUCCUUUAUGUGGUUUAAGUCUCCAAAAGCUGGUUUUGUUUGCAUGAUGGUAAUAAAACAGAUUUGUGUAAUUCUAAACAUUAAUUUUAACAUUAAUGUAUAGAAUAUCUCUUUGUGGAAAAACUGGGAAGUUAAGGCAUUUAUCAAACAUGAUCAGACAGUAAAGGUCGAAUCAAAUAUCUGGAUUUUAGCCUGCAAUGAAAACGAAAACACUUGUUUUUAAUUCUGGAAUACAGUCAAUCGAAAGUACCCAAAGUGUCUUUUGUGGGGAGGCAUCUGUUAAGAGAUAGUCAAGUGAAGACUUACCUUUUGAUUCUAAUCCUUUUGUACUCAACAGCGGCUUCUUAGUUGCAUAUUUGUCUCUUCGGCACAUGCAGAAAAAUAAUGGGCAGCUUCCACUCUUCAGUUACUAUUUUCAUCGCUUUUGGAGGUGAGAGAACAGCAGACAUACUCUCCUUUUUUGUUCAGGUGAAAUUUGUGCAUCCAUCAGCAUGUGUAAUUUCAAAAGUAAUGUUAGUGUGCUUUGAAUGAAAAAUGGGAGAAUUCUUGUGAAAUUUCCCCAGUAAUGAAAAUUUAUAUUCAUCACCAAUGGAUGAGUUUGGGUGCUGGUGUUGUUAGUGGAGCUGGGCAAUACUCUAGCACGAGAAAGGGAACCCUGGGAGCAUCCUCCACAAGACGCUGUGACACUCAACUCAACUGUUUAGUAGAAUACUAAACUACCAAUUAAAUACUUACCUAUAUCCCCUUAAGAAGGAGGGGUUGGGAGAAACACAGCACUAAAACAGCAUGCAAGUAACAAUGCUACAGGAGAAGAUACCUUGUGAAGAACUGCAAGCAAGCAACUGCGUAAAAACAAGACACCGUACAAUAAUAUUGUAGUGGGGAAAACUGCAAACCAGCUUUGUUUCGAGGCUAAAUUACAUUUAGCCCGUAAAACAUGAAGUUAGUAAUACUAGUGUUACAAUGUUAUUAUUCAGUUAAUGUUUUGAACAGAGUCAUGUCUUUUAAAACUAUGGGGAAUAUGAUUGGCCAGGUGAGUGUAGCCUGCCCUACCAAAAGAUCACAACCCCCUCUCCAGAGUUCCUCGAUCACAGUCUUUCUAAACUGUGAUCAGGCAGUCCUUCUUCCCUUAUUAGGGAGCUUUAGCAUCAACGACGGCUAUGGCAGUGCAAAUGUCACUUGUAAAAUGAAUCUGCCUUUUUUCAAACUUUGUCGCGUCUCUUCCAAUUCGCUGACAAUGUCAAAUGAAGGUGAAUUUCCUUUGAGUUGAUUUCUUAGGGGACCGUACUCAAGUUUAAAAAGAGAAAGAAAAAUUCGACAUCGCUUGUUUACGUCCUCCAUAAAACGUGAAAUUAGGUAUUUUCACGUCGUAGUCGUGCAGUGACUGCAACGAAAUGUACAGAAAAACGUGAUGUCUGUGCAAAGUUGUUGUUUUGGUUAAUAAGCCUAUUGCUUUUUUGCCGUUCUCGUUGACGUCGCGGUCGUCGUUGCUAAAGCUACGGAGGGAGAGAAGCGACAACCGGAAAUGCGUCUGCGGUUCGCAGGCUAGGGGAAAGGAGGCCUGAUACUUAAAGCAUCGUCUGUCUGUAGUCUUUCCUUCCCCCCUCACCCACCUGAUCGCAGGUUACAGUCCCUCCUGUACAUUUGACAUCAUUUUCCAGGUAUUGCAAAAGUCUUCAAAAUUUGGUCUGAACAAGCUGGUUAUGAUUGAAGAAUUAGCCAUGUGAUUUUAGCCAAUCAGAAACAUAAAAAUAUUUUGAAUGAAUAAUAAUAAUGUUGAUGAUGAUGUCAGUGAUGAUAACAAUAAUAAUUAUAAAUAGCUGCAAGUAGUAGCAGUUCUUGGUUAAAGUUCCUAAUAUUACUUGUAUCACUAAUACUCCGCAGAUUGACUCCAACAUACAUGUUUGUUUUACUGUUUUGGAACAAGCUGACAGUAUUUCUUGGUGAAGGCCCCAACUGGCUUAAUUAUCAGUCAGAUGAAGCUUGUAACAAAUAUUGGUGGACCAAUCUGCUCUACAUCAACAACUUUUAUCCUACAAAAUUUGGUGCUUCAGUAAGUUGUUGAUAUUAUCAUUAUUACAAUUUAUUUUUGUUUGGGGCUAAUAAUGAUAUAUUUUGGUAGAUCAGUAUUUUAAGAGAGUAGUUUGAAGCACUAUGUGUCCAUCUUAGAGACAGGGCUGUCAUUAAGAGGCGGGGGCCAGGGAUUUCCCCUGGAUACUAUGAACAUGAACCCCGGUUACUUUCAUCGCAAAAUGGAAGAAAAAUAGAAGCAAAAGAAAUCCCCUAGUUGUUUGAUUCCCCACCUACUUGUUGUAUUUACCCGACAACUUGACAUCUUUGUGACAUCCCUGUAAAGUAGAUGUCUAUCUUGGAGGAAAUCAAGUAAAAGUAGCAAUCAAAGGCAGGGACCCACCCUAGGUGUCUGUUGUAGCAAAGUUUCUAUCUUACUAAUUUAAUUAAUUUUAAUUUAUUCCAUUUUCACUGCAUUAGUUGAAAUAAAGGUAUCACACAUAAAACAUAUACAUAUAUAUAUAUGUAAAGAAAACUUAGCUAAAUUACAUAAGAGAAAAAUUAACUACAUACUAGAAAAAAAAAAAAAAAAAAAAAAAAUUAUUGCAGUGGGGAAGGACUAGAAGGGAAAGUGGAAAGUGGACUUAGCUUAUCCAGCUAGUUUACAGGCACUCCACUCAAAUACUUAGAAACAAAUAAUUCAAAUAUCACAUAAUAGGAUCAAGAACCGCAACUGACAGGAGGCAAACAGUUGGCUAUUUACAAGGGUGACCGAGGAUUUGAACUCGGGAUGACUGAGAACAAAUCCAGCAAGUUGCCAGAGCGGGGCUCUUACUCGGGAUGCGCUGACCGAUGCGCUGACCACUCGGCCAGGCUGCAUCCUCACAUUCUGGGGCUUAUACUGUUGAGCGCUACUAUUGUUCAAACCCAAACAUCAAUGUGCUUUUCCCAUUAAUUACGACCUUAAUGGUCACUAAUGUUAAUUUUGGGUGUUAUUCUGACCUUUAUGUUUGAUAAAGCAGUGUAGUUAUGAGCAAGAAUUAAAUCCUCUUUAAGGAUAAAAACUAAAUCACUCUUUUCACACCUUAGCGCCUUUUUUAUUACAGCAUUUCAAAUGAUUUUCUUUUUCUCUCUUCAGUGUAUGGGAUGGGCUUGGUAUCUCGCUAAUGACAUGCAAUUCUACAUAAUCGCUCCCGCUAUUCUUUUUAUGGCAUACAGGUAACGUGUCUUGACAGCUUAAAUUCUAUUGCACUUUUCUCUAUUGUCAAGAAGCACGAUAACAUUUACUUUUUAACGUUUAAUUUAAGUGAGAAAAAGACUACAUCUAAAUUGAAAUGAUUACAAUUUUCUUUUUACCCUUUGCUCGGGUAUUCGCUGCAAGAAAGUUAUAUUUCCUCAUUGGUUUGCACGUGAAGUUAUGUGACGACUCAUUGUCCGUGUAAGAGAGUGGACUACUGUUCCCCAAAGUAUUCGAUCCGUUCCUAGACACAAAUUUAAGGCCUCCUAACAUGAGCUUCUUUCACCUUUUUUGAAAUUGGAGGAUACUGAUAUUGACACAACCAAUUUAAUACAUAAAUUAAGAAGUCUGCCGUAAAUGUAAAUUUAGUUCGUAAUUUCGUAAUAUUUUCUUACAUAGUUUCUUGUUUUGCUACUUUUUGCUUGAGGCCAAGUCUACGCUAUACAGCGGACAGUUUUUCAUGCCGAUAUGAAAAGCUAUCCGAUAAACGGCAACUGCACCGAACUGGAACGAUUAUUUUGUUCACACACAUCGAACUUCGUACACGAUUUAACCAGCACAUCCGUGCUCCUAGGUGUUCUUUCUCCACUGAUAUUUUUCAGUGUGACGGGUGCCUGUUCGUUUCCUUUUGUAUGGGGCCUCAUGGCUGGGUUACGCUGUUGUGCCAGCCAUGGGGGCAUCCAUACCCUGAGAUAAAGGGUACCCGGUCCCCAAAAAAUUUUUUUUUGGCCCUUCGGACCUCAGUUUGGUUUAAAACUAAUCCGCCGUACCUAAAAAGAUGGCGACUGGUUCAUUUACCCACAGUUCUUAGCGCAUGAAAACCAUAAAAUUGCUCAUAAAAACGCACAGAAAAGUUUUAUAAACUUCAAACCUGGGAUAGGCAAUUUUGCUAUUACAGGGACGAAUUUCGCCCCCCUCCCCCCCCCCAAAUAUGACUUUAUGUGCAAUUGGCCGUGUUAGGUUCGAAAGGAGUUGUGGUAAAUGUACAGCCACCGUCUUUUUCCGUACGGCCGAUUGGGAGGGGGGCAGGGCCCCUCCCCUGGAUCCCCCACUGUAAUUCAUGUUGACGAAAGAGCUAUCCAGUAUAUUGUGAGCAUAGCCAAAGUUUUAGAGUGAGGUAAAUUAUGAUUCUAAUAUAAUGAUUUGCAUUUGAUUCUUUAGGUUUCGUCUUGUAGGAAUGCUGAUUAUUGUUGGUGUGCUUGUGGGUGCCAGUUUUAUUACAACAGCCAUUAUAUUCGCUCACUAUGACCUUGCAGCCGUGCAGCUGGGAGCCGAAGCACAAGCUGAGGCGUAAGAGCUGUUUUCAGUGUUAAAGCCGCCCCUGGGGGUAUUCCCAUAAACUUUGAACCUUGACCCUACUUUAGGAUGAGACAAACGAAAAGUGAUACCCUAUUUAAGGCUCGAACCUGCAAAAACUAAGGAUUUCCUAAUACUCUUAGGUGAAGUUCAGUUUUAACAGAUUUGUCUCUCUUGUAGCUGGGCAGUAACGCACUUGAAUUUUAGCUGAUAUAAAAAUGGUACCCUAUCUAAGGAUCACACUGGGGACACAAUGCCAACAAGUGCAAAAUGAUACCCCCUUUAAGAAAGGAGACCGUCAUACCAGUCUAUAUGAAAAAAUGAUUCCACUUUUCUAUUGUACAAUGUUCCAGUUUGUAAGAUGUGUUUGAUUAAAAGACCUUACGUAUAGGAUCAGCUUAGAAAUUACGAUGACAUGUUAGUCCAUGUUACCUUGACUCUCGUAAGCCGGACACCUCUCAAAGACCAACAGUUAAGGCCGGUUCGGAAGGGGCAACGCUUCUGGCGUGAUGACAAAACUUUUGUCGUCACGCAAGGAACCUUGACCUCGUUAGGGAUAACUGAGAAAUAUCGUACGUAGAGGGAGCCUGUGUUUUCUUGGGCGAAGUGGGAAAUUUCGAGGACUUGCGCGCGUGAGAAGAGAAAAGGAGAGGAGGCCUCCCCACCCCUGCGUGCGUUCCUCUCGCGUGGCCUGUAAAAAAGUAAUAACCGCAGGCAAGAUAAGAAAUUUCAAUAUCCAAUACACUAAUGGCUCACAACAGUUUUGCGGAUACCAGGUAAUGUGUGAGUAAUUUUGUUGUUGUAGGGCUAAAGGUAUAGAUGCUGGCUCUUUGACGUAUGUGAAACCGUACUGUCGCAUUGCACCGUACCUUGUUGGUAUGCUGUUAGGAUACAUAGUUCUACACUUCAGGGACUGGAAGAUGCCCAAGGUAAUUAGUUCCUACAAACGUACAUACAUUACCCAUUUGUUAUUGCAGGUUUAGGGGAGUUUACAGGAGAAAACUCGCACCGGCGCGAGUUUCAUACCGGGAUGACUUUUUGAUUUCGUAUCGCGUUUACAUGAUGACUGGGUCAUUCCAUAUCUCGUUAUUUGAAGGUACACUUCAUGUUGAUAAAAUACACGUAUGACUCAAAAUCGCAAAAAUUACGCAUGCGUUACCCGUUCCAGUCUACCGGCAGACCGAAUUCACACCGAAACGGGUGGUCGUCUCGCGUUUACAUGAUACCGUUGCGAAAUUUCGUACCGGAGUGAAAUUCUCGCUCAGGUACAACAACCGCGCUGAAAAACCGCCGGGGUGACUCGCGCCGACAUGACAUUUUGUGGUGGUAUCAUGUAAACAAAUAUAGAGCCAUGAGAGGGAACCGGAGUGAACUCGCGCCGGUGCGAAAGUCGCCCCGGUGUCAUGUAAACACCCCCUUAGAUUACUAAGGUAAGACAAAUGUCCUGAUGUGGCGGACUCCAGUUACAGUAAAUUGAAACCCCGUUCGACGGACAUCCGUCUAUAAUGGACAGUUUCGUAUGUCGUGGCGAAAAUCCCAUAUAUUUUUUUCUAAAAUUAACCUCCUUAAUACGGACCCUUGCUCCUGUGUCCCGAGUCACAAACUCUCAUAUAUAGUCAACCCCACUUUACGGACACUUUAUAUCUGCGCACUAUCUAUGACUCGAUCUUACCAAUAAAAACCGGACCCUAACGGCGAAUGCCUUCCAAUAGGUUCUGUAAUUUGGACAUCCGGGUAAUACGGCACUAAGGCAUGUCCCCUUAGUGUCCAUAUUAGGGAGCAACGACAACAGCGAGGGCACCGAGAACGGUAAAAAAGCAAUAGGUUUAGAUUGGCAAGAAAACAACUUUGCACGUGCAUCACGCUUUUUUUGUACAUUUCUUUGCCGUCACUGCUGCGCGACUACAACGUGAAAGUGCCUAAUUCCACGUUUUGUCGAGGGCGGAAACACAAGACAACAGCUUUCUUUUUCUUUUCCUGAACUUUGAUACAGUCCUUCAGAAUUUAACUCCAAAAAAAUGGCCAAAUUUGACGAAUUAAACGAGAUGGAAUAAGCGCGAUAAAGUUUGAGGGAGGGCGAAUUCACUUUUUAAGUGACGUUUUCGUAGCCAUCGCCGUCGUCGUUGCUUAAGCUCGCUAUUAACUGUGCUCCACUCUAGUAGCUACAAUCGGUGUAAAAAUGAGUUGAGACACUUCGCCCAAAACUGGGCUUUUUUACGUUUUAUUAACUUCAAAAGGAGGAAAUAUUGCUUUCCUCCCCCAUCCCCUCCGUGCAAUGUUGUGCCCUUGUUCUAGCUACCUAUAGAAAACAACAAACACCCCAACUUUGAAUGGAGGGGACAGGGGAGGGGUGCGGAUUCUUUUGUUCUCCGAAGUUACCCUAGUUAAGUACAAUGUCUCAACAAUUUUGUCGCUGAUUGUAGAGCUGGUCUGUCUUGUGUAAAGGCGCCCAAGGGGGACAAUUAAUGCGGGCCAAAUUAUACUUUCCGGUGUACUCUCUCCGUAGUUCAGUUGUAAGAACCCCUCAGCGCCCAGUUUGUAACUCGCAUCCUUUCCUGGAGUCACUGGUUUUUCAUUGUUGUGUUUAUAUUUCACGUACAUCCUUUAUAACGUCUAUGACCAGCAAGACUGAAAGUGUCCCGUUUGGUAAUGAUUUGGAAAUAUAACUUCAAAUUGAUCAUCUUAAAAUACAACUAGAAUCCCGAAACUAAUUAGUCUGCUACACAGCCGUUUUUAUUGUCGUCACGCAACGAGGAGGAGCGUUGCGUGACGACACUUAAAACGGCUGUGCAGCAGACUAGAAACUAAUAAGCUGACGUUCUGACUUUUCCAAGGUGCGUACAUAUAUGUUCAAUGUUGCUGGGUGGUGUGUUGCUAUCGCUCUGGCUUUAUCCACGCUCUACGGUGAAUACAGUGCUGUGAGAAAGGACAAUCCAAAGCCCUUCACUCGCGCCGAAAAUAUCAUAUACGGGACCUUCUCACGCUGCGCAUGGGGCUUGGCACUAGCUUGGGUGAUUUUUGCAUGUCAUCGCGGGCUCGGAGGUAGGUGUCGAUUUGUUAGUCAGACUUGAGUUGGUUGCAGUCGAAAAUCUCCUUAACAUUGUUAUUGUUACGGAAACACCCAAAGAUUGUCUAGAGUUUUGUUGACUAGUGGACGUAGAAUCUUUGGAUGCACCUUUUCAGGAAAGUAUCGGCAUCUCAUAUAAGUACCUUAAAAAUAUCUGUAGAUUUACUGCAGUAACGCGGGUUUAAGUACCACCUAUUUGACUGCACUAGAAGAGUCUGCAGUGGAUGCGGAAAAAGUGCAUAACACUCUCGGGGGGUGGGGGACGUUUACUCCUUAUAAUUAGGGAGCUUAAGCAAAGGCGUUUUUGAGCGACGCACGUCAACCAGAAGUGAGGUCUUUUUCCUUUUUAAAGCACCUUGACGCUACCAAAUUUGUAUUUCUAGGUGUCUUUACUAUUAUACAGACGAUUUGUCCAUAAUUUUGGGUCAAACCACCGUCCAAAAAUGAAGAAAGGCCACUUCCGGUUGACGUUUGUCGCUCAAAAACGUCUUUGCUUAAGAUCACUAUUAGCUUUACCUGGAGGCUCCGCUCGAAAGGGGUACCUUUUUUAGGCCUCAGGUAUAUGAAAAGGUGACCAUUUCACUAGUUGAAGUAUAUGAAAAGGGUAGGGAAAUCUGUCAUUUCGGUUUGUAAAAAGCCCCAAAAGGGAGACGCGUUUUAUGGCUGUGAAAAAGUCGAGAAAACGUUGUGGUUUUGUGAUUUUUUCAUAUUUAAAAGUAAGACAGCCGCAUUUGACACCAGGUAAAAGGGAUGUAAAGUUCCAAAGUAAGUAUGUGAAAGGGGUACCAUUUGUCAACAAAAGGUAUACGAAAGGGGAACCUUUUCAGUCAUAAAUGGUUUUUUUAGAAGGGUUGGACCUCGGGGCGGUACCUUCCCGUUUAAAACGUUGUUGAGCACUUCUCCCCGGAAAUACAAUUUUCCCCUUACCAGCUUUUGGUUUGUGCCAGACAUUAUUUUGUAAAACAGAAGUUGGAAUUAUUUGGUGGACUUUGAGGAGUAAAUUGUAACAUAUCAGCUGACUUUGAAGCAUGUUUAAUCUCAUUUCAAGUAAUUCUGUGGUUUUCUAUUUUGUAGGUUUGGUGGACAAAAUUCUGUCAGCUCAUUUCUGGAUUCCAUUAAGCCGACUGACUUACUGUGCCUACCUGGUUCAUCCUAUCGUCCUGAUCACAUAUCUCGGUUCCCUGGAGACUAAUCACAACUACUCUGAUGUCCUUAUUGUAAGUAACAAUUCUAGUGUCUUGAGUAAAACCUUUUACUCGAACUAAACAUUAAACCUUGACUUGGAUCCCUAUUCGACAAAAACUCCCAAAGUUCUUUGGUAUAAUUCUGAAAAACAUACAGCUCUUUGUGAAACAACUGCAGAAGAGGUUUCAUUUAAAUGGUCACACUCACAGACUCAAAGUUAGAACCACAUACUAAAAAUAUAGUACCAUGUGAAAAUACUACAACAACAACGAUAAUUAACAAAUUAUUGGACGAGGUUGAGCAAAAUAUCGUGAUUAGUCAGUGGCGAGCAGAUCAAUUAUUUACCGAAGACGGAGGCUGAGGCAAAUAAUCGAUCCUCGAGACACUGACAAAUCACGAUAUAUUACGAUAACCGAGUUCAAUAACUGUUUUAUCAUUCGAUCACCAAGUUUUUUUUAAUGAAUUUCUUCGGGAAGCGAAGCAAUCUGCCAUUAAUUUUUUCACGCACGAGCGAUCGCAAGAAGGAGGAAAGCGUGGUUUCAUUUACGCAUGACCAGAGUAUUAUUUGCAGCCAGACACUUGCCAAACACAGUUGGACGACAUUGCGCAUGAGCAGACCAUUAUUUGUAGGCAGUUAUUUGCAGGUCACUUGGUGGACUUUCGGCCAAUAAAAAGAAGGGAAAAUUUGCAUCGAAUGAUCAUGAAUAAUCUUUUUUUUUCCUCGAAUGAGGCUGUAUACAACAGUGAUUUUGGAGGCUUUAUUUAUGAUCUAUUUACUAAGGGAUUAUUUGUGUUUUCUCUUUUUUCCCCACAGUCUUUCUUCUUUACUGGUUCGGUGGUCCUUUCAUAUGCUGCAGCCUUCAUUGUUUCAGUGUGUGUAGAGUUUCCCAUGAUGCAACUGGAGAAACUGAUUUUUAAAACCCAACGCUGAGCUCUGAUGUCUCUUAGGUCUCUUUUUGGC